AUGGGUUCUUCUUUGGUGAUAACCCCAGAAGAUGUAUUGGAGUCUCUAAUGAACGACGACACCAUUGACGCUCUCAGAUUAAAGAUCAGCAAUCAGCUCAAAGCCAAUGAAGAGCUGAAGAGCACGACAAUCAAAAUGGCAGAGCAAAGCCGAGAGCUUGAGACCCAAGUGCUGGAGAAUGCCUCCAAGUCUGUUUGGGAGUUGAUUUUGGAUAACAAUGGAAUGGGAAAGGAAAUCAAUCAAACUGUUGAAUGGGUGUUCUGCAAACUCAGCGACCACGAACCACCGCUCUUUCCUCCUCAAGAAGAUGCCGAUGAUGCCAAUGUUAAGGACAAUGCCAUAGAAGAGAGCGGUGCAGAAGAGGAAGAGGGAAGAGAAGUGAAGAUAUGUUGA